CACCCACCCAGUGCAUUCACUGCGGUGCACAGGCAGUCCAAUCAGAGUGAACCGGUGUGAAGCUGAUCAGAGGAGGCCUGUGUGAUUUUUUUUUUUCCCAGCACGCAUUAUAAAUCCCCUGUCUGCACAAAAGGGAUAACAGGAGGUCAAAGAAAAGGAGGAGGAGGUGGAGAAGGCAGCGUAUUCCACUCAGUUGUAGCGAGGAGGAGAGAGGGAUGCAGACAUAAAGAGGAGGAAACGCAGCACCCUCUCAAACACCUGCUAAAAGCUGCUGCUAAGGGCCUUCCCCCAUCUUGGCCUGUUCUCCCUUUUGUGUUGAUGCUCUUUCAUCCACUCUGAUUUCUUCUUUUCCUGGACCUGUUGUUUUUUCGUGCGCCUUCACUGGUUCCUGGAACAAAACUCUGCUGCGCCUUUUUUCCCCCGGUGGUGUUGGUUUUGCCUCACAUCAGCUGAGUCAUCAUGUCUGAUCUGACACCACAGAGCGAAACCCCGACUCCCACCACCGACAAGAUCACCCAGGCUGCCCGGGAGACCAUUUAUCUCUGCAACUUUCGCGUGUCUGUUGACGGCGAGUGGCUUUGUCUUCGCGAGCUCAAUGACAUCUCCCUCACACCAGACCCAGAGCCAGCCCAUGAAGAUCCUAAGGAUCCCAUUGCCAUCGAAAGGCUUAACUUGAUGAACAUGGCCAAACUGAGCAUCAAGGGCCUGAUUGAGUCUGCUCUAAACCUGGGACGCACACUGGACUCUGACUAUGCACCUCUCCAGCAGUUCUUUGUCGUGAUGGAGCACUGUCUGAAGCAUGGCUUGAAAACCAAGAAGACCUUCCUGGGGCAGAACAAGUCAUUUUGGGGUGCGUUGGAGUUGGUUGAGAAGCUAACGCCGGAGGCAGGAGAGAUCACUGCCAGCGUAAAAGAUCUGCCUGGCCUCAAAACACCUCUAGGUAGAGGACGUGCCUGGUUACGACUGGCUUUAAUGCAGAAGAAGCUCUCAGACUACAUGAAGACCAUCAUCAACAGAAAGGACCUGCUCAGUGAAUUUUAUGAGGCAAAUGCAUUGCUGAUGGAGGAAGAAGGUGCCGUCAUUGCCGGACUACUCGUCGGAUUGAAUGUCAUUGAUGCCAACCUGUGUAUGAAGGGAGAGGACUUGGACUCACAGGUCGGGGUGAUUGAUUUCUCAAUGUACCUCAAAGAUGGUGGACACAGCAGUAAGAGUGCAGAGGGUGAUGGUCAGAUCACAGCAAUUCUGGAUCAGAAGAAUUACGUGGAGGAGCUGAACAGACAUUUAAGUGCGUCCGUAAAUAACCUCCAGGCCAAAGUGGAUGCCCUUGAAAAGUCCAACACAAAACUAACAGAAGAGCUUGCAGUGGCAAAUAACCGCAUCAUCACUUUACAAGAAGAUGUGGAGAGAGUAAAAGAGGAGAGCUCCUAUCAGCUGGAGUCCAGAAAGGCGUUAAGAAGUGACUCAGCGCCAGACGGACAAGCUCUGGGUGAAACGCGCAAGCAGCUCAAAGAGGAAACUCUGCUUAGAUUGGAUGUUGAAAAGGAGCUGGAGGUGCAGAUCGGUAUGAAACAGGAGAUGGAGCUGUCCAUGAAGAUGCUGGAGAAAGACAUUUGUGAAAAGCAGGAUGCUCUGGUGGAGCUCAGACAUCAGCUGGAAGACCUCCAUACCAUCAACCAACAGCUCACCCAUAAGUCGCAGAGCACCGAUGCCAGCUCUAAACAGAAGAGUGAAGUUAUCGCUCGCAUGGAAGAUAAAAUAAACCAGAUGACUGGGACUGUAAAACAGCUGGAAACCAGAUGCAAACACGCUGAGAGAGAGAAGGAUCUGGCUCUCGAGGCUAACCGGCUCUUCAAACAAGAGUUUGGAGACAAAAUUGAGAGUCUGCAGGAGGAGGUGGAGCAGCUGAGGAGGCACAGGUGGAACUUGGAACAAGAGCUGAGAAAAGAGCGAGAGCGAAGGAGUGAGCAUCAGCUCAACCCUACGUCCAGGCCCUCCAGUGCUCCUCAGCGGGAGAGGAGACUCCCGGAGAGCAUGCCGAAACUACUCCCAGAGUCACUGCCAGUCAAGAGCGAGUCUGACCAGCUGCACAGUGGACAGGAGGACAAAACCAGUCUGAGCUCCAGCUUGUCCUUGUCAUAUCAUGAGGAUGAGCUGGAGGAGUUGUUUGUGGCGAUAAGUCCAUCCAUGUGUACGAUGUGUGAACAGGAAGACUCGCUCCUGAAGACAAAGAUACAGUGUAAGAACUGCAGCGGUGUUUUCUGCGAGAGCUGCGUAUCUAAUCAACUGCCGUUACCUUCCUCCAUUCUCCCAGAGACGGUGUGCACCACCUGCUACUCUCUGUUACUCCAGCAGUACGCUUCAACACCAACAUGAGCGCACUCGUGUAGAGCAGAGGCAUUGAUGUGUGAAACUGGCACUGCAAAAAUGCACUUUUCUUUUUACUUCAGGGCCUGAUAUGUCAUGAAGGAUCUCAGUCUUGAACUGUGUUGGAUAUUUUAAUUACUUCAAAGUUAACAAAGUUCACAUCUGAACACGUGUGCCAUUAAGAGUUGUGUACAUGCAGGUUUUUAUUUGAUUCUAACGCUUGUCAUCAACGCUUUGCUUUUUGACAGUGCAUGUUGAGCUGCUGGAGGACGUGGGGGUAUUUUGCACUUACUCAGCUGGAGGUUGCACCAGUUUGGCCAUGUUGUGAAAAUGACAGGAAUCAUCUCAUUCAUUCAUUCAAAAAAAAUAUCUUGAUUUCUAACGGUGUAUUCUAAAGGGAAUGUUUACAAAUUAGGUUUUUUUAACCUCACUUUUAAAAGAUAAAAGGAAAAGUUUGUUUUUUUUCUCACUGCAGUUUAAUUAUACAUUAUCAGAACACGACACGUGUUUGGCGAUUUACUCAGAUUCAAGGGACUCAAAACAUAUUUGACCAAAAUGAUGUUAACUAUGUGACUUUGAGAGAAACUAUUGGGCAAAACUCAACUUUUAAAUUGUUUGAAAAAAAUAAUUUUAUUUAAAUAUUUGUCCAUGUUUUCAAAGUUAAUUAAGACAUAUCAUCUUAUGAAAACCAAAACACUGUACAAAUCAUUACCUAUAAACACAGACAGUGUAAGACACUUUAUCUCCUGUCAUCACAAUAUUCAUGUCUGCGACUGUAGCACUGUCAAAGGAAUAGUUCAACAGUCUGCUUUCUUGCCAAGAGUGAAAUAUGAUUGAUACCAUUGCCUUGUAUGUUAAUUAUGAAGCUACUGUAAUGAGAAAAUGAGCUGUCAAAAUUACUGUAAACGGGUAAAGAGGUAGAUCUUUGUACCUAUUUUCAGUCCUGGUGGAUGCAGCUCCAGAUUUAAAGUAGCCUUCUUGGCAAGAACACAUUUUUUCCCAAAUUGACGGGCUGUUCCUUUAAGUUUACAAAGAUAGUUACUGUAAGUGUUCUGGGUUCAUUUUCUCUUUUACUGGCAAAACAAAUCACUUAAUCUCAUCUGCAUCAGGGUGGCGUUGAGGUUCAAAUCUGGAUUAUUCAAGUUUUUCUUGGCAUCUUCAGUUUGGCAUAUAAUUUAAUUUUAUGCCACAUUUGUGUCUGUUGGUUUAUAGGAAGAGGAAUCAGAAGCAGUUUAGCCAAUUAUCAUGCAAGAUGUACGGCUUAUUCAAUAAACUUUCAUCACAUUUC